AUGCGUGUGUCAUGCCAUCUGAUCUAAAAGCUGACUAAAGCCAAGUGUGUCACGGUUCAACAACACGCAGACCAACACGAUACCGAGGGCUUAGAGUCAAGCAGCGGCCUCUGCUGUUGUUGUUCACGCGUUGCCACAUUAAUCCAACAUGGCGGCAAUUUCGGACGACAUGGGAUGGUGGAAAAGCGUUGUUCUGUUCUCAGCUAUCCUCAAGUCACUGUUGAUUCCAGCUUAGUACCAUUCAUUUAAUUCGCGGGUGUUCUAUUAUCUAGCCUUUAGUUCUUUUAAACAUUUUAAAGUGUAAUGUACAUGUGUGAUUGCGUUAGUCGAUAUUCAACUUCACCUAUUAUUUUACACUGUAUUUUAACGUUCUACUUUCCUCACUUAAGACUUACAAAGAUUUCUAAUCUCAAACACUGUAGCCUACACUGCAGAACUAUCAAAACCAUUUCUCUGGGAAUUUUCAAUUCCGUUUCGGCGGUAAGCGAUAAAAUGGUGAAAAAUCAGUGCAUCUGAAUAAGGCUUGAGGGAGAAUAUGCAAGCUCAUGUUUAAAGCUUAACUUUGAAAGCAAAAAAUAAAUUUGAAUAAAUACAGUGAUCAUUCUUUACAUUUCAUGUGAAACAUUUGCUUGAGGCACACAGAUUUUUGUCACUGUAAUAUGCACAAAGAAUUGACUUGGGACUACCAUAGUUGGUCUAACUUUUUAAUUAAAGAUCAGUUUCUUUCAAAUUCAGGUCAUAUGUUUUUAUUUUAAUUUGUUUUACUUGUCUAAGACUUUAACUUAGGCAUAAUACAUUUAUCCACAUGUGUACUCAGCUAACUAAGCAUGUCAAAGCCUGUGUAGACACCUAAACAAACACUGCUAUUAUUGAUGCAAAAUUUACCACAUAUUCAAUAUCAUUCCAUUUCAUACAACUUCAGAAUACAUAAAUGAUAUGCUGGUGUCAAAACUGUAGAUUAAACCCUUUGAAAAAUACAGUCACACUUUCUUCAUUAAGACUCAAAAGACUUUGGCCAGCUAAUGCAUUUCUGAUAAUUUAAUCGACCAUUCAAAUUUUUUUAAAUAUUUCAAUUUUUUAUUCUGUAAUUUUUAAUUGCAAAGGAUUGAUUGUUUAAUCUUUGUAUCUUUCUUAUAUUGAUCUUUGUAACACGCUAUUAUAUUUGCAUACCACAAAACAAGCAACCGACAAGUUCCAUGUGAUAUAAAAAUAUCACAUAUACAUAUUGCAUUUGUGGUUAGUAUUCACAGCUUGAAUCAUGCUGCGUCAUACUAACCACAAAUGCAAUGUCUAUAUCCUAGUAUGUUAUCCCUUUAAGCCCUAAGAGUGAUCAGCAUCAAAUUUCUCCUUGCAAUAUCACUGCUUUAUAAAACACAGUGGUCAUGAGAAUUGAGGGCCUGAUCACACAAGAUGAAUCUAAUUGAUACUUCAACAAAUUCUGCCCACUGCUUCUAUUGAAAACAUAUGGGGACAACAAAUGAGAAUUUGAAUUUUGAUAUUAGGGUUUAAAGGGUUAAUAAGGGCACGACAUUUUCUUGUGAGAAUCUUUAUCAGCUUAAUCUAUUCAAUUUUGAUUCACUUGAUCAUAACAGCUUGUUAGCUAUGACAAAUAAUAAUAAUAGCCUUUUUGCACAUGUUAUAAUAUGCCAUUACGUUAGAGGUAAAUAUUUAAAUUUCUCAUAGAAAAUACUAUAAAUUAAUCAACCUGAACUACACAUGACUAGGUACUAAACGUCUAAGGAAUCUGUUGCUGUUUUCAGAUAGGGGAGGGAGACUUCACCCGUUUUCAUCAGCUUUAUAUUUCUUUAAAUUUUGCCGUCUUUGAUGUGUGUUUAUAUCGAUCGUGUCCAUAUUUGCAUGCCUCCUCUUAAGGGCCUGACCCAUAGUCCAACAUCCCAGCAACUUAAGAACAAUGAAUAAUGGAAAUCUAGAGUGUUGUAAGUGUUUUUAUUCAUGCCCCAUGUUGUAUUUCAAUAAAUCUUAUUUACAGUAAUUGUCUUGAUCCUCACUGGCUGGUACAAAUUAAAGUGGUACAGAUUUGUUAUUAACCAUUCAUUAACAAUAUUUGAUAAUCAUCAGAAAUCCUUGAAACUAACAUUUAAUUGACAGUGUGAGUAACUACAUAUGUAAAAGAAUGUAGUUCUUUCAUGAAGAUAUCAUUGUGUUUGACUGAAACUUGCUUUUUGCAGACAGUCACUAACUAAACAUAUUGUUAAUUUAAACAUUUGACCUUUUUUUGAAAAAGUUGAUAUGAAAAUUGCAAUAUUAUUAAACUUAUACAUAUCAGCAUGGACGGUAAUAAUCAAUCAUUAUCGCUGAUUACAUGUUUAGAACUUUCUCAUUUUUAAGUUUAGAAAACAUGCCCAACGAAUGGGAUUAGAAUGACAUUAUUUUUCUUUGCAUUGGUUCUGUUUUCCCUUUUCUCUGUGGAACUUUUUCAGUCAUUCUAGUGAUUUUGAAGUACACAGGAACUGGCUUGCUAUCACCUACAGUCUCCCUCUGUCCAAAUGGUAUUACGAGGUACAGUGUUUUCUUGACUUUAUUUUAUAUAUUAAGUUACAUGCAAAUUUUAACAAAGUUAACUGCCAUGAGCAUAGCAGCCUCCGCUUGUCAGCAGUCAAACUCACACGUGCAGGCUUGUGUGAAAGGUUGUCGCUUUGUAACAGCCAGGAUUGUCAAGUUCUUUGGUGGCGAAGAGCAUUCCCCCCACCCUCCCUGCCCUCUACAUAUAUGUUUCCUUUCACUGAUUCCUCAGUGUAUGUGAUGGGUGCCUAGUAUGGGGCUCAUGGCUUGGUUGCAUUGAUUUGCCAGCUGUAGGGGCAGAUUCUAUCUAGUGGCUGGCUGAUCACAGUGGCAGCCCCUGGAUACCCCAGGCACCCACCUUCUAUUCAGUGAGGCAGCCAGUUAACCCAAGGAAUAUUGAUUUAUUAUGCUACUAUUCAUAAGCUUACUCUGUCUCAAUAAUGUGACUCAGACAUCUACAACUGAAAAGGCUGGUUUUCACUAGCAAGUGUCAAAGUCGCACUUAAUACAUUGGCAGACCUAGUGGAGAGGUUUGGACAGAUGCAAGAUUUCGAAGGUGGCUCCAUGUCUGAAUAAAAAACCGUCCUAGGCUACUGAACAUUAGCCGGAGAAUUCAGUGUAGUAACUGGAUAAUUUUCCGAUCUCCAAUUCUUAAUGAACACCCUGAGGUGAUGCUGGCCCCCACGCUAGUAUUUUAAAAGCCAAAACAAAGCUGGCAUGGCACGGGAAAAUUCUUUUUCAGGCCGAGCUGCUCUCUUGUCCUAGUAUCUGGAUCAGCUCUGCAACUCUUCUUAACUCAACUCUUUUUAUGUUUGGUAGAAAACCUCGGAGUGGACUUUGGACUAUCCGCCUCUCUUUGCCUGGUUUGAAUAUUUAUUAUCACAAGCUGCCGCCAUUGUCAACCCACAAAUGGUUGUUAUAAGCAAACUGAAGUAUGUCAGUCAGUCGACCAUCCUGUUCCAAAGAGGAUCAGUUAUUUUUACAGAUCUUCUUCUGGCUUAUGCUAUAAAGGAGUGAGUAUAGCAGUAUUUCAGCCAUGUGGUAUCAAUAGACAACUUCUUCACAGUGUUCUUCAUAGUGUAGUUCCAGAAAAUAUCCGUACUCCCCGCACAGAAGGGAUUGGAAAUUUCUGGGGGGUGAAGGGCUCUCAAAGGCCCAAAAUCUUAAGUUAAUGUAUGAAGCUUGACUGGAAUUUCCAGACAGGUGGAGGGAGGGGGGGUUGUAUAAGAAAAAAUCUCUUCCGUGGGGGAGGUAUGAAUAUUUUUUGGAACCACACAUUGCCUUCACAUUGUAUGUCCACUUUUUUGUAAUUAAAUCCCAUUAUAAGAAUUAUAUAAAGUCUGUGCAAAGUUAUACCAAAGAGAUUUGUUCAUUUGAUGGUAACACCAAAACAUUUUUUUCCUAGUUAGAGUUUUAAAUCAUCUUGCCAUAAGUCAGUGUAGAUUAAAGUGAAAGAGAUAAACAUUCAAAAGUUUUCUAAUCCAAUGCUUUAAUCUUCAAUGUAAAAUUUUGGUACAUUUGUUGCCCUGCUUUGUGAAAGUUUGGAACACAAAAUUAACUUUCAGCAUUAAAUAAUCAUUAUUAUUAUAUACAACUUUUGCCCAAAAACAUGAUAUCUUCACACUUGAAAAGGUCACUGUUGCUAUGCUACAUAAUAAAUUGUGCCUUUCGUGGCAGAAAAAAUAUUGUCAUGAAAUGGUUUGGAUUUUCAUUUCUUUUUAUAUAAUGUAAUAGAACAUUACAUGGCUGCUUGGAGUUACGAAAUUUAUAUUUUUCAAUGUUCAAAGAGAAAUUUCUUAUCUCCGCACUGCCAUGUUUUAUCCUUUUCCUUCCUUUUUAAUACUGGUUUACAUGGUCUAUGGUAACAUUUAAUUUUUAGGUACUGUGGUUAUCUUGCGAGAAAGGCUUCUGUCCCAACACGUAAUUGUCUAAUCUUAGCCUUGCUUGUUGUGUUCAAUUUUGGACUUCUUAUUGUGGAUCGUAUCCUUACAUACAAAUCAAUACUACAAGAGCUUAACUGGCUCCCAGUUAAUGAAAGUAUUAUCCUUUAAAUUCUGCUUUUUACUUACAAAGCUUUACAUCACUUAGCACCUCUUUACAUACAGACCUAGCCAUUAACUAUUAAUUUUACUCUCCGACACGCAAGCUUAGGUCAUCCUCGUCAAAUCUACUUUCUGUUGCUUUCUGUAAUUUGAAGACAUAUGGUGAUCAUGCGUUCUCAGUCUGUGCUCCAAAAUUAUGGAACUCUUUGCCCCUUGAAUUAAUUUACUCCCAGUUGGACGAUAUCUUUAAGAAUAAGUUGGAGACGUUUCUUUUUAACAGAACAUUUAGUUAACAUCUACCUAUGUUUGUUUGUUUUCCAAGUAAACUUUUAUUGCCCUUUUUUCAUAAAUUAUUGAUGUUUUAUACUUGUAAAUUUGAAAGUUUACACUUGUAAUCUUUAACUUUUUGUACAUACUUUAUAAAGCACCUUAGAACUAUAAGGAUUUUGGCGCUUUGGAAAGUGAAAUGAUUAUUAUCUAUUAUUAUUAUGAAACUGUUCUUAGGGGCUGAUUCCCAAGGUAAUUUUCAGCUGGACUAAAAUGUUGUUUCAUUUCUAAUUUGAGCCCAAAAUUGGACAGCAAAAUUUGCUGCCAAAGUGUUUCCUUUCAAUACUGAAGCAGCGCACAUGUUUGUGUAAGUUCACAUUUUAUGAUUAGACAGACCUUGUGCAAAAAUAUGAAAAGGUUUGAAAAUUGAUACUCUUCUUGGCUCCUUUAGCUCCUUCGACGACUGAGUAUUUCAUUUGGUAGGCUGAAUAUGUUCCUUAACUUUUCUUCAGACAUUCACUUUCAGUACAAUGGAUUUCUCUUCGGCCUUCUUCUCCUUUCCAUAACAAAGCUGUCUGAGGUAUGUGUAGCAAUAACUAUUAUUCAUAUUGAGGUCUUUGAUGUUUGAAAUUAAACUAAUUAUUUGGCCAUAGAUUCUGUUCUGUUUUCUUUUCCACACAAACUUUGUGAAUCGUAAAUAAUAUUUUCUUUCUUUUCUUUUCUUUUUUUUUAUGUGCUUAUUAUUAUUAAUAUUAUUUUAUUAUUAUUACUUAUAAUGCAUUUAAUGUGUAUAUAUCUUUCUAUAUUAUUCUCAUGUAGUGUCAGUUUGUUAGCUACUCUGAAAUUCGAGUAUAAAUAAAGUUUAUGUUGUUAUUGUUGUUGUUGUGAACUUACUUUACAUCACUUUCAAAAUGAGGUAGUGGUACUAGGUAUGUUAUUUAGAAAACAUUGUGUAUGAAAUCAAUGUACAAGUAAGAUAACAAGAUUUCUAGAACUAUGAACUGAGAUAAUGCAUCAAUCAGCCUUUUAAUUAGUGGUCUUCCAGAGAGAGCACCCAAAGGGGUAAAAUUACAGUGUCUGUGUGGUGAAGGGACAUUAGGUUUAGUUCAAAUUAUUGGAAAAACUGAGGCUUUGAGAAAUUAGGAUUCUAACUGUAAUAAACCAUGUACCUUUGUAAAGUGAUUUUGCAUUUUUCAAAAUUGUAGAGAAGCAGUUAAACUGCCUUCAAAGUGGAAGAGGAAUUUGUAAACCCCAUAAUCUGUACAAAUAAUCAUUCAUUUGUUUCAGGGUCAGACAUUGGAGGGUUCAUUUUGGUUUGCUGUGUUGUUAAAUUUCAAGCACAUUUUCCUUUACAUUGCUCCUGCCUACUUUGUGUUUCUUUUACGGACGUACUGUUUUCGUCCUUCUGCAUCAGGAAAGAAAGGUAAUGAUACUUUGUUAACAAUCUAGAUUAGCAAUAGGGCACAAGGUGCCAACAUCAUGACGUAGCCAAUUCUCCAAACUUUUCAUUCUGUACAGUUAUCAUGGUACUGAAGCAGUCUUCUCUUCUCUCCUCUUCUCCUCUCUUUUCCUCUCCUCUUCCCUUUUCCAUUCUCCUCCCAUCCCCUCCCCGCUUCCCCUCUGCUUCUCUUCCCAUCCUUUCGUUCCUGUGAGUGCAUUUACAAACAGUGAAGUUAUAAAAGAAUCCUUGUUUCUGUAGCUUGCAGAAUAGGAACUUUUUCUUUUCAUGCUUUUAAGGCAAGUGCAAAGCAGGUUUUGAAAAUGAGACGCACAAUGGGUGAAAGUGCAGAAAAAAAUUUUUUCCCACAUUUCUUCCAACAUCAUGAAAAAAUAACACUCAUUUUGUAGGCUACAGAAUGUUUGUGAGCCUUCGUACCAGUGGGGACCAAAAGUAUUAAUUCCCCCUAACGGUCUAUGCGGCAUUUAUUUUGUUGAAAUUUUUUUGUUUUUGCUUUCCAUUAUUUACAGAUAAGCAGCUGAUUAUUUUCGGUGUGAAUAUCUGGGAUUUCUCUCCCUUACAUUUAUUGAGACUUGGCGUUAUAGUUGUGCUUGUUUUUGGUGCUUCAUUUGGGCCUUUCAUAGUCAUGGUAGGUUGUUUCAAUAAUUUUAUUACUGUAAGUCCUUCCCCUUUUCUUCUUUGAAUUGUCUCAGCAUGCAAAGAAAGCAGUGUUUGAUAGCCUGGGGCCAGUGGAUUUUGUUAUCUGGCUAGUGAAUUCUGUUCUUAACUCUCCUUAUAGGGAAAGGGCAGUUUUGGGGAAUUCAAAUUGCAGAAGAACUGUGAUCAAUCCUGGUCAUCAAAAAUUUUUUGAGUUAGUUGAAAUGACUGUUGGGCUAGUACAUGCUAGCUACAGCUUGCCCAGAUAGCAAGCUGUAAAACUGUCUUUCUUUGCACCCUGCCUUUUAUUAACAAGUAACGUAGGAAAUAAUUUAUACUAGCAAAUAAAAAAAAGAUCAUUGUGAAAGGACUGUUGUACACGAUUCAUUUUAACCAUAUUAUUUUGUAGUUAUAGCCUCUCCAAAUUGCAAACAUCCAACCAAACUGCAGCUUCAUGGACCCAUCCCUGACAUUUCUACAAUCUUACGUGAACAAAGAAUGCAUUUUGCAGGUCACUCCUGGCGAGCAAAACAAGAACUCACUAGCAAUCUACUGCUGCUCUGGUCACCUAGCCGUGGUAGAAGGCGGGUUGGUCACCCUGCAAUCACCUAUAUCGACCAACUCUGUAGAGACAAGGGAUGCCUUCCAAACGACCUCCCUGCUUUGCUGCAGGACUGCGAUGGAUGGUGUGAUAAGCUCAUGAAUGCCCGAGCUAUUGUGGCUCGACCUGUUGAAUAAUAGCCCUCUCCAGAAAGAACCCUCCCCUCCCCUCCCCUCCCUUCCUCUGCCCUCUAAAUAAUACUCAUGCCACCAUCCUCCUUUGAUGGUUGUGCUAUCAAAAACAUCAUUUAACUUUGCUGUUUCUGAUUUCAGGAUCAGUUGAAUCAAGUAUUAUCUAGACUGUUUCCUUUCAAGCGUGGUUUAUGCCACGCCUACUGGGCUCCAAACUUCUGGGCUUUGUACAAUGCUCUAGAUAAGGCAGUUGCUAUAAUUGGUAAGUUGGAAGUUUAAACUCUUCGCUCCCUAAAGUUACUUGCAAAUGGAUGCAACAACUCCCAACACUGUUGGGCCAACAAUAUUGGGAGUUGUUGCAUCCGUUUUGGCAGUGCUGUGUAAAUGGAUGCAGAAACUCCCAACAGUGCAUCAUGGGAAGGAUACAACUCAUAAGACUUUGUAAACGAUUUGUGAUGUGCGUGCACGGCCUCAACCAUGUUGGAAAGAGCUUUGCAAAUGGAUCCAACAUUGUUGCAUUACUCUUCAGCGAUCACGGAACAAAAGAAAUGUUGGGAGUUUUUGGCUCAAAAUUUUGACCAGUUUCAAACUUUGUACGACGACUCCCAACAUCAUGCAGCAGGGUGUGCAAAUGGACACAACAUGUAACAUCCAACAUUGGAUGGGGGCUUAACUGAGUACUAAGCAUAAAAAUAUUGUGGACCAAAAAUCAUUGAAUUAAGGUUGUAAUAUAGUGAAAAUCAAACUCAAAAAACUACUUACCACAUGAGCAAUACCACUUAAAAAAGUUAUGGUUGUAGAGCCUUCUCAGUUGCAGCACCCAUUCUCUGGAAAGCACUGCCAGAUAGUCUCAGAGACCAAUUUUCUUUACCUUCUUUUAAGAAAGAACUAGGUAGUUAUUUAAAAUAGCUUUUUUACAUGUAAAUUUUCUAUUGCUUAUUUUAUUAUUAUUCAGUUUUUAACAAUUAUCAUUAUUAUUAUUGUUGUUGUUAUUAUUAUCAUUAUUAUUAAGAUCAACUGGCACUAUGUGAAAGUUCGACCAAAAAGGAGUUUUUAUUUGAAAGGUCUCAUCAUGGACAUUCUUUGUAAUUUUGUUGAGCGUUUACGUGACCAGAAAUUUACAAAAUAACUUAUUAUAGGAAAUGGAUGCUUGUGUUAAUUACAGUAAUUGAAAUUAACGCGACUUUAAUAAAAGCGACAUGAAGGACAAAUUACUUUCAAUUAAAGGUAAUUAACACGAAAGAGAGGUUAGCAUUUCAGAGGGUCUCAAUGGGGUGGUAACUUAGACGGUUGACGGUUAACUUUUUCUAAAUUUGACGAUUGACUGUUACUAAAAUUUUAGAGAUUUGGACAGUCUUUGUUAUUUUGUUGAGCGUUUACAUGACGAGAAAUCUACACAAUACCAUACCUUAUAAUAGGAAAUGGAUGCUGGUGUUAUUUAUGUUAAUUGAAAUUAACGCGACUUUAAUUAAUGCGAAAUGAAUCGAAGGAAGGAUGUUGUUGGAUGUUACCUGUUGCGUCCGUCUACUGUUAAUUAAAGUUAAUUAACGCGGAAGAGAGGGUAGAAUUUCAGAGGGUCUCAAUGGAGUGGUAGCUUAGACGGUUGACGGCGUAAUUUUUUCUAAAUUUGACGAUUGGCGGUUAUUGAAAUUUUAGAGCUUUUGACGGUUGACGGUUAAAAAGGAAGUUUAAGUAAUUGGUAAAUUAACUUCUUAACUUUUCACAUUUCACUCCCCAGGUUUGGCUUUUUCUCGUAGAAAAAAGGAAAACCUAAAAUUUUCGUGAUAGAAGAGUAAUCAGAAAAAUUCUCACUUUCAAAAUACGUGAAAUUGCAUCUAAAAUUUUCGGGAAAAUGUAACUGAAGCCCUUGUAAUUUCGAAAAGACUCAACUUCUCCUAGGAUGACCGAACAGAUACAAACUUAAGAGUGCCGCUUAGGAUGCAUUUCUAGGAGAUCUAAAAGUACUCUGAAUAGCCUUAAAAGUGAUUUCAAUACAUUUCGGAGGAAACCGUCGUUGUGUGCCUGUUGAGACCCACAUUUCAACGAAGGAAAUAAACGCGACGUUACCCUGGGUGGCAGAGACUUUUCUAGCGCGGUUUCCUGUUUCUGUCAAGUCUUUAUAGUGACCCGCGGCCUGCGGCCGAAGAUAUGUCGGCCUUCGGCCAACACCGAAAAUUCCCGUCGCACGCGAGAAAAACCUCUGGUACCCAGAGUAACGCGAAGUACACAAAGAAGCAAAACUUGUGGAGAAAACACGGUAACAAAUUCAAACGUAUAAUCCAAAACUCAAACAUAGUUUGUACUACUAUCCCUAAACAAGGGGAUUAAACGAAGGAAUCUG